AUGAUGAUCCCCAGGUUGAAAUACGAUAUUGGAAUGAGACUUAUUGAAAAAUGUGAUGGUUUACCUCUUGGGGUCAAAGUAAUGGGAGGUCUCCUGCGUCAGAAAAGGAUAAGACGAACGGACUGGCAAAAUGUCUUAGAUGAUUCUCUAUGGUCAGUAUCACAAAUGCCUAAAGAGCUAAAUUAUGCAGUAUAUCUUAGCUAUGAAGAUCUGCAGCCUUGUUUGAAGCCUUGCUUUUUGCACUAUUCCCUCCUUCCGAGGGGCACAUUGUUUUUUGUUCAUGACAUUGUUGGCAUGUGGAUUAGUGAAGGAUUUGUUCAUGGAACUUUACGUGACCUAGAAGAAAUAGGAAGGGAAUACUAUGAUCGGUUAAUACAGCGGAACCUUAUUGAGCCAGAUAAGACAUAUCUUGAUCAAGUAGCUUGCAACAUGCAUGAUGUUGUUCGGUCAUUUGCUCAUAACAUGUUGGGAGAUGAAGCACUCAUAGCUCACAACAGUAAAAUUGGUAUUGACAAACUUAAAUCGCAAAAGUUUUUUAGAUUAUCUCUCGAAAGCAAAGGAUCAGAACAACAUGAUUUGGAGUGGUGUUCUCUCCAAACACAAACAUCACUGAGAACACUAAUUUUAGUUGGUAAUAUAAAGAUUAAGCCAGGUGAUUCAUUUGUUUCUCUUUCAAGUCUUCGAACACUACAUUUGGACAGUGUAAAUAUUGAUGCAAUAGCCGAAUCUUUGUAUCAACUGAAACAUUUGAGGUAUUUGUCAAUACAAAACUGUAAUACAUCCAAGUUAACAGAAGACAUAGGCAAGUUGAAAUUCUUGCAGUACAUUAGCCUUUCUGGUUGUCAGAGUUUGGCUAAUCUUCCCAGUAGCAUUGGAGUGCUACAAGACUUGAGGGUUCUCAGACUUAACCGGACAAAUGUAAGUGUUAUACCAAGGGAAUUUAGUGGCCUAACUUCUUUGAGGAAAUUAUUUGCAUUUCCAGCCCACAUGGACUGUGAUCACUGUAGUUUGGAGGAACUAGGGCCUCUCUGCCAGCUAACACAUCUUCAUAUCAGUUUCUUGGAGAAUGUAGCUUCUUCCUCAAUGGCUAUGAAGGCCAAACUUGGUGAAAAGAAUCGCCUAAGAUAUCUGUCACUGGAAUGCACCAGUAGACUUGGAGAUGAUGGCCUGUUGGUAGAAGAGGAAGAAGGGAUCUCACAGAAAGAGAAGAGGCAAAUCGAGGAGGUUUUUGAUGAGCUCUGCCCUCCGCUUGGCUUAGAAAUCCUUAACAUUGAAGGGUAUUUUGGUGAGCGGCUCCCAGGUUGGAUGAUGCUGACAGCAGUUACGCCCCUUGGGAGCUUGAGGAUUCUAACGAUGGAUGACUUGGCCUGCUGCACAGAGCUUCCUAGUGGCUUGAGUCAGCUCCCCUGCUUGGAGGUGCUACAGAUUAGAAAGGCUCCAGCAAUCAAGCGUGUUGGGCUUGAAUUCCUACAACCAAGCAAUCAUGUAGGGGUUGCGUUUCCCAGAUUACAUCUGUUGAUUUUUGAUGGAUUUGUUGAAUGGGAGGAAUGGGUGUGGGAGGAACAAGUGAAAGGCAUGCCUAUCUUGGAGGGGCUUGUACUCAAAAUGUGCAAGUUGAGGCGUGUGCCACCUGGGCUUGCCUUCCACGCAAUGGCUUUGAAGACAUUAUGUAUAUAUGAUGUCAAGCAUCUAAGCGCUUUGGAGAACUUUGCUUCUGUUGUCCACCUCCAUGUGUUCAGAAACACUGACCUGGAGAGGAUCAGUAAUCUACCGUUCCACGCAAUGGCUUUGAAGACAUUAUGUAUAUAUGAUGUCAAGCAUCUAAGCUCUUUGGAGAACUUUGCUUCUGUUGUCCACCUCCAUGUGUUCAGAAACACUGACCUGGAGAGGAUCAGUAAUCUACCGAAACUGCAGAAACUCGUCAUCGUCAUGUGCCCAGAGAUGAAGGUAUUGGAGGGCAUGCCUUCACUACAGAGACUCAUUUUGGAGGAUUAUGACAUGGAAACAGUCCCAAGGUAUCUGCAGGAUGUAAACCCAAGGCAUUUGCUGCUAGAUUGUUCCUUAUCCCUGCUCACUUCCAUAGCAGCAGGGAAAUCAGGUCCUGAGUGGGACAAGUUCAGCCACAUCCAGCUAGUCAAGGCCUAUGCAAAUGAUAAAGGCAGUCCAAGGAACUGGUAUGUGUUCUACACAAGAGAUCCUUUCCGCUUUGAGACAAAUAUCAGUGGCUCUGCCAUUGCCCAAGCUCGCAACCGCCGCAAGUGGCUUACCUACUCCCAAACAUGUCCCAUUGAAGACGAGCAGCCCACAGGACGACACACGUAUGAAGAAAAAUGUGUGCCCCUCUGCGUACGCUUCAGGCUGCUGGGAGUGGGAGUGCUUUCAUUCUGCUUCCUUCCGCCAACUGCUGGGGGUGGAGUAUAUGUUGCUAUAUCCAGCUGA